UAAUUGUUUUUUGUAUCCCCAUUCCUGAAGAUUACUUUGAAAAAUAGCACUAAGCAUAACUAUAUUUACUAUUUUACUAUUUCGGUUUCAUUUCACAAUUUCGCACGUUAUUUAUAAUUGUUUUGAUCAACAGUCAAUGAUCAUUAUUUUUCUUAACUAUUGACUGCAAUUGUUUUCAAAUAACCAGAAAUCAUGUUCGUUUGCAAGCUCAAUCCUAUGCGAUUCACUACUAUUGCAAAGCAUCAAAGACUGUUAUCGAGAGAACCAUCUAUCCUGUCAUCAAUUGCAUUGGCAAGGUUUAAAAGUAGUAAUCCGUUCAACACUGGAAUUCUAUUUGUUCCACAGCAAGAGGCAUGGAUUGUUGAACGAAUGGGUAAAUUUAAUCGAAUUUUAGAACCAGGUUUAAACUUUUUGAUACCUUUCUUAGAUCGCGUUGGUUAUGUUCAAAGUUUAAAGGAAUUAGCCAUUGAUAUUCCCAAACAAAGCGCUGUAACCUUAGAUAACGUAACACUUAAUAUUGAUGGUGUAUUAUAUUUAAGAGUCAAUGAUCCUUACUUAGCAAGUUAUGGAGUUGAAGAUCCAGAGUUUGCAAUUACUCAAUUGGCUCAAACCACAAUGAGAUCAGAAUUAGGAAAAAUAUCUUUAGACAAAGUUUUUCGAGAACGAGAAAAUUUAAACUUUGCAAUUGUUGAAAGCCUGAAUAAAGCAAGUGCAUCGUGGGGACUAAUAUGUUUCCGUUAUGAAAUUCGUGAUAUAAAACUUCCUAAUAGAGUACAAGAAGCUAUGCAGAUGCAAGUGGAAGCUGAAAGGAAAAAACGUGCAGCUAUUCUAGAUUCUGAAGGUAUUCGAGAAGCUCACAUAAAUGUAGCUGAGGGAAAAAGACAAUCAACCAUUUUAGCUUCAGAGGCUGACCAACAAGAGCAAAUUAAUAGAGCACAGGGAGAAGCCAAUGCUUUAUUAGCAGUGGCUGAAGCCAAAGCCAAAGGAAUACAAUUGAUAGCUGAUGCUCUUAAACAAACAGAUGGUUAUAAUGCUGCAUCUCUUAAAGUAGCUGAAUCAUAUGUAGAAGCUUUUGGAAAAUUAGCCAAAUCUACAAAUACAGUUAUUAUCCCUAGCAACACUUCAGAUGUUUCAUCAAUGGUGACACAGGCCUUGUCUAUUUACAAAACAUUGACAAGUAAAUCUAAACAGUCAAGAAAAUUGAGCGAGGAAGACAAAUAAUCCAUUGUCAAUGAACUGAAUGCAUGUUAAAUUAAAAUAUAAUUUUAUUUCAUCAUAUUAUGAAAAUUGAGAUGUUAAAACGGUGGUUACUAAAACUCAUUAAUAUUUAAGUUUUUAUUAAUUAUUAAACCUCGUUAACUAUAUUAUAUUAUUAUAAACAUGUGUUUUUAAUAAAAAUAUUUUUAAAUCUUAUUUAAUUUAUUUAAAAUCCGGAAAAGGUCACAAAAAGAAUCCAUGAAUCUAGAUAAAAUAAUAAACUGCUGUGUACUUACUACCUACCUGUUUUAUAUAUUGCACCAUUUGUUGAAACAUUUCACUUUUUAAAUUAUUUUUUUUUACAUUAUAUGAUAGGUCAUUCUUAGUGUUCAAAGAUAUUUAAUAUAUAAUUAUUAGGUAAGUAUUUACCUAUAUUUACUAUAUAAACAAAAAAUGUUUAUUUUUAUUGAUAGAAUGGUCCAGUUAGUUGUACCACCAAUAUAGUAAAUAAGUAUUAA